GCCAUGAGCCAUGAGGCAGACAUGAGGGCGGGUGUGCUGCAGAGUGAAGCCGGGCUGCUUCUGCACAACAAGUUCGUGGUGAUUCUCGGCGGCUCAGUGCAGCGCUCCAUGUACAAAGACUUGGUCCUGCUGCUUCAGAGGGAUCAGUACCUGACUGCGACUCAACUCAAAGCCAAAGGCGAGUUGUCCUUUGAACAGGACGUCCUGGUGGAAGGGGGUCAGUUCGGACCCAUGACCAACGGCACCGAGUACAGAGAGGUCCGACAGUACCGCUCCGACCACCACCUGCUGCGCUUCUACUUCCUGACGCGGGUCUACUCCCCGUACAUGGAGAGCAUCCUGGAGGACCUCCGGCAAGGACUCCAGCCCGAUGUCCUGGUCAUCAACUCUUGUCUCUGGGACAUCACCAGGUACGGCCUGGAGUGUCUGGGCCAGUACAAAGAGAACCUGCACAAGUUCUUUGGCCAGAUUAAAUCCAUCAUGCAUGACCACUGCCUCAUCUUGUGGGCUCUGACCAUGCCGGUGGGCAAGAAGAUCAAAGGUGGCUUCCUGGUGCCUGAGCUGAGCCACCUGGCUCCCACGCUGCGCUACGACGUCAUCGAGGCCAACUUCUACGGCGGCCGGCUGGCGGAGGAGUACGGCUUCGACGUCCUCGACCUGCACUUCCACUUCCGCUUCAGCCUGCAGCACCGGAGGGCGGACGGCAUCCACUGGGACGCGCUGGCCCAUCGGCACAUCAGUAGCCUGCUGCUGCGGCAUGCUGCCGACGCCUGGGGGGUGGAGCUCCAAGCCCCACCCCCUCCUGCAGCGGGAGCUGUACUCGGCAGGCAGCCGGAUGCUCGUCCUCACCUCCCUGCGCAGCCUCGUCGUCCUCCAGGUCGACGUGUUCCUGCUAAUGGGAACUGGAGACUGGCCGCAGGGCCGUGGCAGGAGGCUUCAGACCCAGCAGGUCCAAUGGACCCGAUGAGACGGGGAGUCACAUGGCCUCCGGAGAGGAAGCCGAGUUAGUAAUGUGUGAUCAUCCAUAAGGAGAGAGAGAAGAGGAGAGAGGUGCUCAGUGUAUCCUAAGACGUCCCCCAGCAGCAUAUAGCAGCAUCUCCAGGGUGUAGUUUCUCAGUUUCUCUCACAUUUGGUAAAAGAGUGAUAGAAAAUACUUUUACUCAAAAUACGAUAUCACAAAAUGUGGUUUUAGAUAUUCAUUACAAAUUUUAUUCAUAUAUUACACAACUUUUGUGAACCUAAAGGCUUUGGUAAACCAAUUUCCAGCACCAAACCCUUCGUCCACAUGAGUAAAUGUAUGUUUUCACAAGAGAUUUGAAGAGUUGAAUAAAUCGGACUUCAACUUUCUAGCUUUGGGGCCCAGUUGGCUCUUUACAGUGUGCCUCAAGACGAUGGUGCUUCAUUGUAGAGAUAGCUGAGAUGGUUCUGUUUCAUGUAUAAUACAGGUAUGUAUCGAAUGCAAGUUUCUUUUUAAAAAGUGAAGUUAAGAAAUUAUGUAAUAUUGAGAAAAAAAGUCCUUGGACCCAGGUCUGUUUUCAUUAUGUAGUCUUACAAUAUUAUUGUUUAGUCGUGAAAACCUAUUAUUUUUUAAAGGUACACUUUUAAUUUUUA